AUGGCCGUCUCCACCGCCGAUGCCUCUGCUCCCAAGUCCUCACAUCUCUCCGACCCCGCGCUGCUGCCCUUCAUCCAGCCAGACUUCGAUCCCGUCGACCACCUCAACUCCGUGCUGCCUGCCUUGGCAAUUAGUUCCACGCAAACAAAACCCUCCAAUGCCGCCGCCCUUCCGCUCCCAGACGUCUCCGCUCAAACGCAGACUCUGCUCUCCCAGCUCAAUGCUCAAACCACCCGACUAUCCACCGUGCUCACCCAGAUGACGGACGAUAUCCUGCGCAGCGGGGGACGGUUGGCCUAUGAGGUCGAGGUAUUGCGCGGAGAGACAGUCGGCCUGUCUACAGCCUUGACAGAGGGCCUUCGCAACGACGUUGAGAGGUUCGUUCCGGGAGGCGUCAAGGUUGCCACCAGCCAGCCCGACGCUGCUGAGCGGAGAGCCAGCGCCGCCACAACCGGAGAGGAUGCGAAACCCGUCGACGACGCCGAGACACAGGAUGCCCCAGAGCUGCCCGACUACAUCACACGUCUCCGCACCCUUACCCAUGUGCGCUCUCGCCUCGAGAGCGUCAUCAAGGUCUUCGGCGAAGCCAUGCAAUGGACCCUGCCACCUUCUGAGGUCUCUCUCGCCUCGUCUCUCAUCUCAGUCUCCGCCCCCGAGCCUGGCUCUGAUAGCCACAGCCGUGAGGAGAAGGGUCGCGAGUUUGCAGAGAAGCUGCGUAACGAGAUUGCAGAGCUGGUCACGGGCACUGACGAGGGUUACGACGCUGCCCAAGCGAGGAUACAGGCUCUACGCGACUUGUCGCAGGUGUGGAAAGACACAGCUGAAGAGAAAGCCCGCACACGCUUUAUUGAUGGAUUGGUCAAGCUUGCCGAAGACAGGCACAGACAGUUGAACGCUCAAUAUCAACGCCAGCCGAGACCUGCCCCGCCGCCAAAGCGGGAAGAAAGCCGUUCCAGGAUGCCUGAGAGGGGAAUUGGUUUUCUGGACAACCUCAACAGGAUGCGUGAAAACAUUUACCUGAGCUGA